AUGAAACUCUUCUCCUGCCUCAUGGCUCUUCUCCUCUUCCUCCUCCAGGCUGUUCCAGGUCUCGGCUUGCCCAAAGACACCUUACGUUGUGUUGGAUACCACGGUUUCUGCUUCCGUUCAAAAUCCUGCCCAGAGCCAUUUGCUGCGUUUGGAACUUGUUCUUGGCGUCAGAAAACCUGCUGCAUAGACACGACCUCAAACUUCCAUACUUGUCAAGACGAAGGGGGUCACUGUGUAUCUCCAAAAAUCAAAUGUCUGCAACAACAAGUGGGACUUUGCCCUCACAGGAAAUGGAAGUGCUGCACAGAAGUGUAA